UAGGCGACGAGAGCCAUCUUUGACGAACAUCGGCCUGCUCGUUAGAGGCAGAGACGUCGAGACUUUACAGUUUGCCAUCGACGACGACGACGACGACAACGAUGACGACAAUGACGACGACGACGACGACGACGACGAUGACUACAACGACGACGACGAUGGAUGACGACGACGGACGACGACGACAAUAAAAAUAAUAAUAAUGACAUAAAAAAAAAGAACGCCGACGUCGCAUCGACAAAAUCGCCGUUCUCAAAUGCUUCUCGUAUUUCUUGUAUCUCAAUCAUCUAUAUCUCACAUAUAUCUCGAAAAAUAAGUUUCUCGCUCGUUAAUACAUAACUCGCGAGAUAAGACCGCGCUUGGGAUCGUGGCGGGAAUAAGUGCAUAAAAAGAGAUUGCGGGACAAAUCUGUACAGAAUGGAAGGAGACGAUGGCCCUUCGGCUAUCAGUAGUAAACCUACCGUCAUCAAAGCGGCACAAGAGCAAAUGGGACGAUUAGACGUAUUAGUAUGCGGACAGUGUCAUUCUGUUUUUCACUUUAUCGAAGAGUUUCAAGAACAUCGUACAAAGGAAGGAGCUUGCUCCAAAGUUUCACACUUUCGUGAAAAUAAUGAUAAUGGACAAAAAGCACAAGUUUGGGCGUUCUUGUUAUGGAAAGAUUCGCAAACCCAACCAGAAGGUUCGGACAAGGAUGCGACUAAUGCUUGGAAACUUUAUCAAAAAUGGUGUAAAAUGGAUACGCAUGUAAGAGAUUCUUGGAUUGCUGCGGGAAAGACUAUACAAACUUUUACAAAAAUUAGUAACGCAAAGAUGCAGGAUACGCCGAUACAAGUUCAAACAAAUACUAAUGUCGAAGGUGCCAAACCAAUAAUAGUUCGCAAAAUUAUUAGAAAUGGACAGCCAGAUGAAACGAAUGAAACUAAAAAAGAUGUUACAAAAUUACCAGAAACAAAAAUACAAAAGAAUGAAUCUGUAGAAAUGGAAACAAUGGACAGAAAAGAAAAACCAAAACUUAAACCAUCAAUUAAGCCCAAGAACAAGUCUGGCAAGACUGAAGAUGCAGAAUCGAGCAACGAAGAGUACGUUGUCGAGAAAAUUUUAGCUAAGCGUUUUAAUCCCAAAAAAAGAUGCUCGGAAUUUUUAAUCAAAUGGGAAGGCUGUUCACAUGAAAAUAAUACAUGGGAGUCUGCAGAGGCUGUAUCAACUUGUAAAAAUAUGUUGGAAGAAUUUGAGCGGAAUCUUGCUAAGCAAAAGGAGCUUAAAGCAGCUCAACAACAAAUUAAUACAAAAGUCGUAGGACGUGCAAGUUUACCGGCGCAAAAACCGGUGAUGAAAGCUGAAGUUAAUAAACCUGGACCGAGUACGGCGACGCAAGCGGGGCGACCAAUGCGCUCAAGUAAAUCAAAAGCAAUGGAUCAAGUAAAGCAAUGGUGCGGCUCGAUGAAAGAGGAGGAUAAUGAACUAUUAGGUAAAAGGAGAAUCCACGAUUCGGAAAGCGAAUCGGAUGAUGGAGAAAGCAACGCUGCAAAGAGGACUAAAGUCGAUACAGGCAGUGACGACGAAUGGACUGGAGAAUCGGACAGUGAUUCGAGAAUGGGCCGUAGUGAUGUAAUUCAACGUGCGUUUAGUCGCGCUAAUGCCCAAUCUAAUGGUUCCAAUAGAGCGUCAGUUUCAUCUACUGAUUUGGCAACCUCAUUAGGAUUACAAUCUCCCGAAGGGGCAAAAUCUAGCCAGCCACCUGUUUUGGUAGCUAACGCUAAAGGAGUUGUUAAAGUCGAUCCCAAACAGAUGCCAAAUUUAACUUCCGGCGUUUAUGUCAUGUCGCGAAAAGAUGGUAUUAUUAAGCUAGAUUCGUCGCCUAGCGGAAAAUUGGCGGUCAAAGGAUCGCCAACGACGCAAGGUGUGUUAAUGGUCCAAAAUCGGGACAAUAUAACGAGAAAACAAUCAAAUUCGAUGACUCCUGCGAUGAAAGUUGUUUCAAAAAUGGAUGGGAACCAAGUAGUAACGCAGAUGAAAGUAGUCACUUCCAAAUCUAUUACGGCGAAAACGCCGGGAAGUGUGCAAAAGACAGAACCUAUAAAGAUACAGCCGAAACCAGAUCCAUCGCAAUUGCAACAAAUACACGUUGUGACUGCAAUGUCGGGACCAAUAGCUUUGCAGCCGAGAAUAACUACAGGCAUAAGACCUGCUUCUGUAACACCUCAGCGAACGGCAGACGGUCGUCCUUUAUUACCUAGACCAGCGUUGCGCGCAACAACAGCAACGAGCGUUCUUGGUACCAUUCGCACACCCGUCAGAGCACCGGCACCGAGGCAGAUUCAAACGCAAACGACACGUCCUGUGUUGCAGAAGCGUGCUACGACGACGGUUAUCAAUACGCAGUCAGUUUCACCGAGUGCCGUUGGCACGCCAGUUGCGCAGAUCAGGCCGAAAUUCACAGUGCUUACAACACCCGCGCAAUCUAAACAGGUGAUUAAAACUGGAACUAGUCCAGUACAGCAACAAGCACAAACAAAACAAUCUCCGAAGACGCCAGUGGGUAAGGCACAAUCGUUGUUAUCUCCGCAUCAAAAAUUAUUAAUAGCAAAGAGAAAAGCCCAAGAAGCAGCGGGUAUAAUUAAUAAACCGAUUGGUCGUGGACUUUUAGCAGGUGCACGUGCAGGUACCACUGCAGGACGAGGCAGGGCGAAAGUAAGCGAGACAUCUUCAACGAUUAUUCAGCCAGGAGCAAAAUUCAAGGAAAGCAAACUAGCGGAAGGUGAUGGACUUCAUAUGGAGUUUCAUGAGGUCGGUUCGGAAGAGAGCAGCAGCGAUGGUGAAUCUGAUUUACCGCCUCCUCCUGAAUCUGAUGCCAUUACAUCUCUUGAGCCUGAUAGUCCACCACGUCCGUUCACAUUGUGCCCUCUCACGGGACGUAUAAUCGGUCCAGAUGGUGAGCCGAUCGAGCAAACGGCGGAACAACCCGAACCCGAACAAGAAACGUCACCUUCUAACACGGCGAUGUUAUCGACUGCGAUGAAAACAACCUCUACCGUGUCCGAAACUACAAUGGCAGCGAAUGAUGUUACGGCUGCUGCUACUACCACUAUCAGCACUACCACCACCACCACCACCACCACCACUACUACCGCCACCGACGCCGAUGCCGACGCCGACGCUGCCGCCGCCGCCGCCGCCGCCGCCGCCGAAUUGGUCUUACCUUCUCUCGAUUCGCUCACAGAAAGCGGUAUUAUGAGAGUCGAGAUGAGUCCUGGUGGAACAACCGGUACUAUUGUUCAAACUAGCGAAACAACAGCGCAAAUUAAUUUGUCGAAUGUAACGGUACCUGCACCGGAUUUGCCAUGUUUGGACGAUACCGCUUCUACAAUACCAACUGUACCAGCCGCUCCCGCAUCCACACCUUUGACAGAAAACUCGAGCCCCGUUGAAACAUCCAUCACUACGGCAUUGUCGGCUGUUACAGCAGCGACAUCCACUGUUACUAUGUCAGUAACGUCGGCGGAUGCCAAGCCUGAUGAUAAGAUAUCAGAAGAACGAAAAGUGACAACAAACGAGGCGUCGAAUUUGGUUACUUUAGCGGAACACGGUGUCGUCUAUCAAGUCGCAGGCCAAGCAGAAGAUGGACAAACGCUUUUAGUAACGCGCGACGCCGAUGGCGAACAACAAUGCGUAUAUGUAACUACUGAACAGCAAGGAGAUGAUGGAUCUGUCUUGACAUUUAAUCACGCGGUUGCCGAGGCUGUGGCGCAGUUGAUACCUGAUCAGGUAAACCUCACUCCUCAGUUUUACGUAAAGGAAGACGGAGCUGAACCGACUGAAAAUUCUAUGGUGAUGUCUAUAAUGGAGAACGCGAACGCGACCGAUGUAACCGGGACUCAAGAGGAUAAUGACGGACAGGCACAAGUUGUGGCUCAAGUAGUGCAAGCUGAAGAACCCACUCCAGGAGGAACUAGGAGAGUAGUACUGCUCUUAUCGGAUGGAAAUUUAAUGAUGACCGAAGUGGACGAAGAACAAUACGCUGCAUUGGAACUUGACAAAUAAAGACAUAAUUUUGAUAUAUGCUAAAGGAAUAUCACGGCGAUGCAUCGAAUUACGUUACGCGCAAAUUGUACGUUUAAAAUGUGAUCGUGAAUUGUGUAUAUAUGUAAGAACGUUCACUUCUCGUACAAUUACACAUCGGUGACGUCUUAUAUUAUUGGGCGGCUACAGAUUAGGUAUUGUAUGUAAAGUGGAGAGACAGAGCUGACAUACUGUAAAAAAAUCAGCACACAUCAAGAAAAAUCUAAAUUUUAGAUUUUAGAAAUGUAUGUUUCAGUGUAAAACACUUUACUAGUAUAUCCAUUUUCGUGUUUAACUUUUAUGGCAUGAAAUAUAUUAGCACACACACACAAACACACACACACACACACACACAUGUGGAAUAAAGAUAAAACUACUUUCAAUAGAAUGACGUCAUUAUAAUACAUAUGAAGUAAGCAUUGUACUUGUAGGAUAGUAAAAUAUAAUAUGGGGUUUUAUAUUUUCCAAUCAAAUAAUGAGCUUUGCUAAGAAAGAAAAAAUCUUAUUCCAUGCAUACAAAGUCCAAGGUGAUAAAUAUAGAACAUUCAUCAUGAUGAACGCAUCUAUGUAAAGUUUAAAGAUUUAUUUCAUUGAUGAAAGUCGUGAAAGAAGAGGAGCAAAAUAUUGAUUAAAAUCCUUUUUUUCUUUUUCUCUUUUUUUAAAUUUGUAUCUGUACUUUUAAAGCUGCGCUAUGAUAUUUAUUUCCAAUACUAAAAUUUUAUAAUUUACAUAUACUAUAAAUUUUUAGUAUUGACAAUAAAUAUUGCAACGUAGUCUAAGUUAAAAUGAAAUAUUCUUGUACAUAUAUUAUGUCUGCCCAUCUUAUAUUCAUUAUAUGAUCGUGACACAUGUCUUAUAACAGAUUCAAUUGGAUGCACUAGUGCCAACAAAUAAAAAAGUAUGAUGUAGUAAAGAUUAAAUCGCCUGAUUUAAUGAUACAUUAUACUCUUUAACUUAUAUAAAAACAUAUGUAUGUUCCGUUAACUGAAAAAAAAAAUGUUCAACAUAUAGAAUAUUCUACCAAAAAUGAUAAAUAUGCUGAUGACAUCAACGUCUCACUUUGAGCUCGCUUUACACGCCAUUAUAUUUGUGUACGAUAGUUUUUAAUGUGCCCCAGUCUAACUAUUGGUGUGUCCAAUCGAAUUUGCUAUUACAUUACAUGGACUAUGUAUGCUUAUCUGUAGGAUAAAUAAGUGCACCCUAACAAAACACUUAUAAUUUCUGAACCUAAAACGUAAUGCUUAAAAUAUAAUGUUGUUGAACGGAG